CAUAAACGUUAUUACACACAUCUAUGAAUAGUAUUAGUAAAAAAAACGCAAAUGAAUAUUUUACGACAUUAUGGUUCAAUAAUUAUCAUUCAUCAGUGAUCAAAAUAAAACCCAACCUUAAUAAGUACACAAAAAAUUUAGCGUUUACAUGCUUGGAUGCUGUAAUUUACAAUAUUUUUUGUUUCGAUUCUAAUCUCAGACUGCACAGCAUUCUGCUUGAAUCUGGAGCUGCCUCAAACACUGCUGAGAAAUAGAGGGCUUAUUAUUUUGUUGUAGAAAGAACGCAUUCAAUUGAUGUGGGUGUUAAAAAAUAAAAAGAGAAAAGACGUGGACAGAAAAUAAAUAAAUCAUUUUUUGAACUACUGAAUACAGUAAGCCCCCAAACUUGAUCGAUAACUUUGAGUUUAGCAAGCAUCGUAUCCACCCACACUGCACGCCACCACCAGACGUUGGACACGUAAAUACUAAUUAGUUUGCAAUUAAACCAAAAUUGAUGGAGUCGGCGGAAUUACUAAAUAAAAGAUUCGAUGAACACCGUCGCCGUCAAGGCUUACCUUGUUCAAGGGUGGUGGGAGCAGAAGGAGGAACUAGUGAUGACGUCGGUGGCGACACGGGCGACGAGCAUGAAGGUCAUCCUCCCACCACCGCCUACGUCUCAGAGGACAAGAGUCGAAAAGGCAGUGUUGACGCCAAAAUCCUGCCCUUGGUCACACUAAUUAACUCCACCAAUGAUCUAUUUACCACGAGCACCUGCAGCGGUCGCACCAUUUUAUUCACCAACGAGUCCGUAGAAGUUGGAGUACCGCCGACAUCCUCCUCUCAACCCGUCGACCCUGUGGUGAAGAAGAUCCGGAAGAAGGGAUGCCAGUGGCUGUUCGUUUCUCAUGAUGAGGUGAAAGUUCAAGACUUUCUCGAGGCUUGGAACAAAGCAUGCGCCACUGUGAAGGAUCAUGAUGUGAUUUUUAAAGUGGAAGCGUCUAUUUUGCAUGUACAGUGUCGACAACUGAGUCUAGCCAAGAAGUUGAUUCACACUGGUACGGAAUCUGGGUUCCGAAAUUCUGGAAUGGUAAUCGGCAAGGAUAAUCGGAUAACGGUUGCUAUAAGAUCGGCUCUUGGAUUCGAAAUUCCAUUGCCUACAUCUAAAUGCUUAGAUAACAACUCUGACAGUAGUCAACUAGUUUCAGAAGGGAUCUUUGUGCUUUUCAGUAUCUGACCUACCUGGUCCAGAAAGCUAAUGAAAAAAUGAAUGAAAAUUGGAGACGAACGGAAAAACUCACAGAGGAGUUUAAGAAAGCCUUCCUUUAGUCAAUUGUUGAAUAAAGCCAUUCAUUCAUAAAGGA